AUGUCAACUUCUGAUAAAAAGGAACCAAUUGAAACUUCUGGAGUCCCUGGGCUGGACAAAGCUACCGAGAAUCUGACUAUUGAUGAUUCUGCUGAUCUGAAUGAGGCCAAGACCUCUUCAAUUGAAAAGAAACAAGCACCACUUGAAGCUGAAGGAGAAGAUCUCCCUCCUCAGAGACCACCUAGGCCUGUUUCCCCAUUAACCCAGGCAAAACAAACUUUGAAGGAAGCUUUUCCACAAUUUGAAGAAAAAUACAUUACUGCUGUGCUAGUUGCAUCCAGUGGUGAAUUGGAUCCUGCCUUCAAUGCUCUGUUGUACCUGUCAGAUCCAACCUUUGUUCCAGAGAUUCCCAGGCCUCAACAUCCCAAACUACCUAGUAGACAAAGCCAUGGUGGUGAAUUUUCCCAGAUUGAAAGUGAUGAAAAGUUGGCUCGUCGUCUGGCUAGACAAUACAAGUCGUCAUCUCGCUCCAGCGGGUCAUCUCGUCGUGAUUCCCAUCGCAAGCAAGAUGCCGAAUCUGACGACGAUUUUUUCGACAAAUUUCUUGACAAGGACCUCCCGCAAUUUACUGAACAAUUGAGCAAGAACGUGGAGGGAGCCAGAUCCAAGAUUAACAGUUGGAUUGGUGGAUUAGGUAAAAAAAUAGAUCAAACCACUUCAAACCAAGCAGAUCAGCCUCAAAGCAAGAACCUAUUUUCUGCGUUUGGUAACAAUAACCCUACCAGCAGGGGCUCCUCUUUGGAAAAAGCCAGAUCUGAUGUUGAACAGGACGCUGAGAAUGUUUCCGGCAAUACUGGUAUAGCUUUCUCAAGUCAGGACCCUACAUUAGAUUUUGAUGCCCCAGAAGCCAAGGCCGUCAAUGAGACUAAGGAGACCAAGAAAGUGUCUACUGCAGAGAAGAAGGAUCCUGAAAAGGACAGAUGGCAACCGCUACAAUCCGCUGACCCUCAUCCAAUAGACGACGACACUUUCUUGGUUGAAGACAGUGAUGAAGAGGAAGAAGCCAAGAUUAGCAAGAGUAAAGUAUGA